GCGUUUCCGCUUUUCAUUCUCUCCUCCCUUAACUGUCGAGUUCAUCCACUGAUCUACUCCCGGUUAGAUACUGUAACGUUAUCGAUAGGUAACCACCAUCGUCAAAUAGCUAGAUAUGGACGAUUUUGACAUGCUCAGCGCACCACAGGCUGCGGCCGGCAAUGGGACGGACGAAGACCCCGCUGCCGCAUUCUUGGCCCAGCAAGAAAGCGAGAUCGCGGGGAUUGAGAACGACGAAGGAUUCAGCAUCCUGGACAGCGGAGAGGUUCCAACGUCGCUAGACAACAAUCUGACAGGCGACGCAAACGAUGCAGUGGAUGGUGUUGUUAAUGGAGACUUUCACGAGGAGAGCAACGGCCCGUCUGACGCGUACUCGGCCAUCUCCAGUGCCGACCGGCUGCAGGCUGAGCCAGAGAGCCUGCGUAAAUGGAGGGAGGAGCAGAGAGAGAGGCUGGAGGUCCUAGACGCUAACUCUCGUAAGCAGGAGUCUGAGUGGAAGGACAAGGCCAAGGUAGAGCUGGAGGAGUGGCACACUAGACAGGACGAGCAGCUGGAGAAGACUAAAGUGAACAACAGGGUGCUGGAUGAGGAUUUCUACAAACAACCCUUCUCUGACCUGAUUGGUUAUGUCACACACAUUAACCAUCCUUGCUACCGCCUAGACCAAGCGGCCGAGGAGGCCAUGCUGUCGGACAUGGACGAGAACAACCCGGGCACUGAGUGGGAGCGCGUGGCGCGCCUCUGCGACUUCAACCCAAAGUCCAGCAAGCAGGCCAAAGACGUGUCCCGCAUGCGCUCAGUCCUCAUCUCCCUCAAGCAGGCCCCUCUGGUCCGCUAACCCUAACCCUCUUCUCUCUGUUAGAUGUCUCAAUUCAGUCCCUACCCUUCCCCCUUGGCACUAACCAUUCAGUGUUUGAAUAUCUGAAGGCUCUGAAUACGUACUGUAUAAGCAGUGUAGUGGAGGAGCUUCCACAAUCCACCAUGUUGCUUUCACCUUACAGAUCUGUUAACAUUGAGGGGAAGGGAGUGAAUUGAGACGGCUGUAUCUCUACCCUUCGCUAACGCUCUCUGGACCCAGAUUGCAACCAAACUUUCAUAGGGAGAUGUAUCAUCCCGACUACCUGACCUGGGGUCGUUUCCCUCCCACCCCGACUACCUGACCUGGGGUCGUUUCCCUCCCACCCCGACUACCUGACCUGGGGUCGUUUCCCUCCCACCCCGACUACCUGACCUGGGGUCGUUUCCCUCCCACCCCGACUACCUGACCUGGGGUCGUUUCCCUCCCACCCCGACUACCUGACCUGGGGUCGUUGUUGUACAUGGAUUGAUGAUAUUCCUCUUUUCCAUCUCCCUUUCUGUCAUUAAAGAACAAAAUAAGUAUA